AUUGAACUUGGAAUCAGCUGAUAAUAACACUACUAAAAUUAUGCGGAGAGAUUUAGAAGUGAGGUACUAACAUUAGAAAAAAGAGCUAAACAAUCUUAUCAUGUUGGUAGCUGCGCGCGCAAAUGCCAACACAUAUUUAAGAGGCACAAAAUAUAAUUAAAAAACUCGUUAACGUAAGGUGCUUUUUGGUUGCAACGUAAACUUUAAACAGGUAAAAAGCGGAAAAUCCCAAAAACACUGAAUGAAUAAGACUAAAUUUCAUAUGAAGCGCUUGAGAUGCUGCGGGUUUUGGUGUGGCGCAAAAACUUUUCACAUGAACCAACAGAUCACAAGCCAGCGAGCUGGAGAAUCACAUGCAGGUGGGAACCACAAUGAAGUUUGAGCAGCGGCAGCUGGAGUUAGACACGAGCGCCACAGCUUCGGUAGAGAAAUCAAAAGUCAAAGCCAAGAGCCCAAAAGAAGUCAAGAAGUGGAGCAGAUUUUUACGCGUGACCAACAAAAUUUCGCGCAUAAUUAACUGAUAUGCGCGUCGCGAAUAUUAUUUUUACGAUUUUCGUUAAAUUCUCGGAAACUACAUAUGGCAAAAAAUAAAAGAGAAAAAAAAAUGCAAAAAUAAAAUCAAAUUGAGAGUAAAUAAUGAACGUAAAACCCCAAGCAAUUUGUAUUUGCUGCGCAAUGCCUCAAUGCGAGUGAGAGCGAGUGAGCGAGCGCAAAAAAUCACCGUCAGCUUGGAGCCACAUGUGGCUCCCCAACGACGCUUAUCAGCUAGCUGUGGUAAAGGCGAGAGAGCCUACGACCUUAUGGAGGGAGCGCAAUGCAAAUGUUUUUCGUACCAUUUCUGAUGAAAUUCAAUGGAAACGCAAUCAGCACUGAGAGCGCUAGUAUAAAAGCGACCGCACUGGCGUUUCGGAGCAUUCAUUGUGAAAUUACAAAUCAAAAUUGAAGCAAGUCAAAAGAGCGCUUGAACGGAAUAAAUUGCAUACGCGUUUACUUACUAGCCAAGUGAAACCAAAGCAAAGCAAAGCAAAACAGAAUUUCAUAACAAAUUGUGUUAAAGCAAAAACAAAAAACAGACAUUUUUACAAAGUGAAAUUUGCGGUGAAAAAGCAAAAACAAAAGCAAACCAAAAGUGAUAACACACCCCAACAAAUACAAAAAAAGAGGGUCAAUCAAAAGAACUAAUAUCAAAUAAAGCAAAACUAAAAACAAAAACAAAGCAAGUGCUUAAGAACACUAGCAACAACAAUAAAGAAAGAACUCAAAAGCAACAAGUGUCCUCCAAAGUGCAAACGUUGUCAAAGUCAAAGCAAAUCGCGUGCGUCUUCAAAACGCAAACCUUAACCAACCAUAGCAAGCAAGUGAAGUCGCCAGCGACCCACACAACUUCAAACCGAAGCGCCAACAAAAGCGUGAAAAUUCCGCCAUACGCACAGCAACACAUCUACUCUUCAUACAAAAUGGUUGUAGACGAAUCGCAUAUCCAGCAUUUCAAUAACAGCCAAGUCAUGAGCAACAUCAACCUGGAACAGCAGCUUGAGAGUCUCAGCGAAAAGAAACAACAGACCAAACAAAUGGAUCACGGAAAAAUCGGACGCACCGUCAAGUCGGCCUUGCUGAAGGCGCAAGCCGAGUCGCGUGUCAUUGUGGGACUUAGCGCCGCCAUACAAGUGCUCUCCAAAUCACCGGAGGGUUCACUCUUCUGCUUAAUGGCCGUGCCACAAGUCGGCGACUCUGCCACACACAUGCAUGAAGUGCUGCUGGAAGCCUUCUGUUAUGAGAACGACAUCUAUGUGAUCAAAGUCGAUUGCCCCACCAAGUUGAGCCGCAUUCUCGGCAAAACUGUGGUGGAAUCCUGUUGUCUGGUGCAGAAGACCUGGACCGGCGCCAAUGAGUCCGGCGAGGAGCAACUCAACAAGCAAGAAGAGCAGUUAGUUGAUUACUGUGAGGCAUACUGGGAUGCGCCACAACACCCCAUUGUCGAAUUGCCAGUCGUGUGAAUGUGUGGACGUGUCGAAUAUUUUUUAACUGAGAAGCAUUUUAUUGCAUAACUUCUCGUAUGGUGAAAUUUUGAAAACAUACCAAAUUCAAUUUUGGCUUAAAAACACAACGAGCGUGUAUGAUGUCUGGAACAUAACGCCGACAUUGCUACGUUCGAAAACCAAGUGAAGAAAGAAGGAGAAACCGAGUGACCAAAAAAAUCAAAAUCGAAAAUCUUAAAACUGGAAUGUUGCGACUGACGAAACGAAGUUGCAAACAACGAGGAAUGCGGUGCCGAUGCCGUCGCAUGUAAAUUUUGUAUAAUAACGAUACGAAUAACGCAUGCGAGGCCUGCAACCGCCUCUGGCAUUCCAGUCAUAUUAACGAAAUAAUAAAAGUAUUAGAAAUUAAUGGCGAUUAAUUUCGAAAAUCAACAAAACAAACGACACACACACAUGAAUUGUACGCCCCCAGCAGCUGGCAGCAGCAAUAACAACAUUAAUAGCAUCAUAUAAGACAAAGUCGUCAGCAGCAAGUGACCUUCGCGCCGCCGACGCCGCCGCCAACAAUGCAACGCCGGAUUUCGUACGCGGCACGCACCCAAACCGGGCUCUGACGCUCAGUCAUUGUGUACAUGUGCGUGUGCGUGUGUGGCGCGUGCGUUGAGGAAGUCAGAUUAAGAUCAACAGUCAUAACAACACCACUACCAGCAGCAGCGAUGGCGGCAACUAAACGGCUUUGUUGCUAAUUAUAUUUUAUAGUCUUAAUAAAACAAACUGUCUAGCUCAAGUAAGAUUAGCAAAAACAAAAUAUAUCUAUUGUAACUCUGAAUAGGUUAUUAAUUGAAAUAGCAAAAUAUGAGCGAAAUAGCAAAAAAUGCGUUAUGCAAACUCAUAAUUUACAGUGUGCGCAAAAAAUACAUGUAUAAGUACUUAAAAAGUUUCAUGAAAUGAAAGAUGUUGACCUUAACGCAGCUGAAGCUGAUACUGAAACUGAGUAAUUGUUUUAAAUUAUUUUAAGCAGUCAGUUGUGUAUGAAGAAAAGCGCUAGAAAUUGUUUGUAAAAUUUGUUAAAUACUUAGCAGUUGCAUAGUAACAAAUUAUACUUUAUACUAAACUAAUUGGAUAGAAGUCUCAACACUUUAAAAUGUUUGUUAAUUAUUUGUUAUGUUAGCUUUUUGUUGCAUGCUAGAAAUGAUUCGGGUUAGUUAUAAUACCGUUAUACUUGUAUGUAAAAGAAGGUAUUAAUGUGCCCAAGGCAACAAUUGUAAUUAACUCUAAGUUAAAAAAAAUGAAAGCAAAAACAAAAAAAAAACAAGAAAAGAAAAUGAAGAGCAGUAAAUUUAACGCAAGAGAGAAAAUCAAGCAUUAUAAAUAAAUAAAACAUGUUUUAAUAUAAAAAAAAAA